AUGGCUUUUGAUACUUCCGACAAACCAACUGACACCCGGUUGGAAGACCCAGAGAGAAUUCUUGACUCCAAGGAUCCGCUUACUGCAGCCGGAUUUGAGGAUCCCGACGCAGGAUUGAGCGAUGAGGAAAGAGCAGCAAUUGAUCGCAAGCUACUAUGGCAACUCGACAUGCGCCUCGUCCCGUGGCUCAGUCUACUUUAUCUCGUUUCGUUCCUCGAUCGAACAAAUAUUGGCAACGCGAAGCUUGUCGGUCUUCAAACAGACCUGAACAUGACCAAUUCCCAAUACAAUGCAACACUGACUAUAUUUUUCGUCUCAUACUCAGUCUUCGAGCCCGUGACUAACGUCCUGCUCAAGCGGUUGCGGCCGAGUAUCUUUAUCCCCCUCAUUAUGAUGGCAUGGGGAAUUUGCAUGACCUGCAUGGGCUUCGUAAAAAACUUCUCUGGAUUAAUGGCAGUCCGCUGGUUCCUAGGCCUAUCUGAAGCUGGUCUAUUCCCCGGAGUAGGCUACUUCCUCUCGUGCUGGUACAAGCGCUCAGAAUUUGGCGUGCGCAUGGCUAUUUUCUUCUCUGCGGCCGCGCUUGCAGGUUCCUUCGGAGGUCUGCUAGCAGCAGCGAUUGCGAAGAUGGAUGGCGUGGCCGGAAAGCCGGGCUGGUCUUGGAUUUUUAUCCUGGAAGGCCUUCUUACGUUUUGCAUUGGCGUUGCCUCGUUUUGGUGUGUCUAUGACUUCCCUGAUCAGGCAAGCUUCUUGUCGGACAUCGACCGCAAGCGCGUGCUUAGAAGACUCGCCAUGGAUCAGCAAUCGAGUGCUGAGCAUGAGGAGUUUAAGAUGGAUUACUUCUGGUCCAGUCUGAAGGAUUGGAAGACUUACACUGGCGCUAUGAUAUAUAUGGGCGCUGAUGGGGCGCUUUAUGCGUUUUCGCUUUUCGUGCCUACUAUUAUCAAUCAACUAGUGAGCUACAGCUCGAUUCGUGCACAGUUGCUGAGUGUACCCCCAUAUGCCGCCGCCGCCGUCUUGACAGUGACAGUUGGCUUCAUUGCAGACCGUACAAGACAGCGUGGUCUCUGCAAUAUGGCUGUGUCAAUUCUUGGUAUGGUAGGAUUCAGUAUGCUGCUAGGCUGUGAGUCUGCCGGCGCUCGCUACGCGGGAACUUUCCUCGGAGCCAUGGGCAUCUACCCAGCCAUUGCGAACACGAUUUCAUGGACUAGUAAUAACACCGAAGGUGUAUACAAACGAGGUGUCUCCCUCGGGUUUAUCAUCGGCUGGGGAAAUCUCAACGGCAUCGUCUCCUCCAACAUCUACCGCGACGCUGAUAAACCAACAUACUAUCCUGGCCACGGAGUAGUACUCGGCUACCUGGUCAUAUUCCUCUUUGGUGGAUCCGUGUUGCAGUACCUCCUGCUGCGGCGUGAGAAUGGCAAGCGCAGACGCGGCGAACGCGACCACUGGGUCCAGGGCUUGGACCGGAACCAGAUCGAGUUGCUGGGCGAUAAGAGACCGGAUUUCAUUUACACGCUGUGA